GCGGUAGAAGUGGCGGUGUUUUCGUUGUGUAUGUGAAUGACAGGCUCUGCAAGUCCAAUUUUGAGUUAGUCACAUACCCACACCUUAACUAAAAUGAUUCAUGAACUCCUACUGGCGUUAAGUGGUUACCCUGGUACAAUAUUUUCGUGGAACAAACGAACAGGCUUACAGGUGUCUCAGGACCUGCCGUUCCUUCAUCCUAGUGAAACCGGUGUCCUGAAUCGCCUCUGCAAAUUGGGAUCUGAUUACAUCCGAUUUACAGAGUUCAUAGAGCAACACACUGGUCAUGUCCAUCAACAGGAGCACCACUCCAACCAACCUAAUCAGCCUGGGCUGAACGGGGUUUACCUGAGGGCCUUUUGCACGGGUCUGGAGUCUAUGCUGCAGCCUUACAGACAGGCUUUGCUGGACCUUGAACAAGAGUUUCUGGGUGAUCCACACCUGACAACCUCUCAUGUGAAUUACAUGCUCGACCAGUUUCAGCUGCUGUUCCCCUCUGUGAUGAUAGUGGUGGAGACAAUCAAAUCCCAGAAGAUCCAUGGGUGUCAAAUCCUGGAGACGGUCUACAAACACAGCUGUGGGGGGCUACCCCCUGUACGCACAGCUCUGGAGAAGAUCCUAGCUGUCUGUCACGGGGUGAUGUACAAGCAGCUAGCUGCAUGGAUGCUGCAUGGCCUGCUCCUGGACCAGAGUGAGGAGUUCUUUGUGAAGCAGGGCCCCAGCGCAGGAGGUGCUGCAGCUAACCAGGAGGAGGAGGACGAGGACCUGGGGAUAGGAGGGCUGAGUGGCAAACAGCUCAGGGAAUUACAGGACCUGAGGCUGAUCGAGGAGGAGAACAUGCUGGCUCCGUCACUGCAGCAGUUCUCACUGCGCGCCGAGAUGCUGCCCUCCUACAUUCCUGUCCGAGUAGCAGAGAAAAUCCUUUUUGUUGGGGAGUCUGUCCAGAUGUUUGAGAACGACAACCACAGCCCAUCUCGAGCUCGUUCUAUCCUGAAGCACCAGGAGGACCUGUAUGCUGCAGAGCUGCACAGACUGAAGCAGCAGCCCCUGUUCAGCCUGGUGGACUUUGAGAAUCUAAUAGACCGCAUCCGUAGCACAGUGGCAGAGCAUCUUUGGACUCUAAUGGUGGAGGAAUCUGACCUGCUGGGACAACUCAAGAUCGUUAAGGACUUCUACUUGCUGGGGCGGGGCGAACUUUACCAGGUGUUUAUAGACCACGCCCAGCACAUGCUGAAGACCCCGCCUACUGCAGUCACUGAACAUGAUGUAAACGUAGCCUUUCAGCAGGCGGCUCACAAGGUGCUGUUGGACGAUGACAACCUCCUGCCUCUCCUCCAUCUCACCGUCGACUCUCAGGGGAAAGACAAAGAGACCACAGGAACCAGAGAGGGAGCCACUCCUCCACAAGAGACCUCCCCGCGAGAGGUGCCCCCUACAGGCUGGGCUGCUCUGGGUCUGGCCUACAAGGUCCAGUGGCCCCUACACAUCCUCUUCACUCCAGCAGUACUAGAGAAGUAUAACGUUGUGUUCAGGUACCUGCUGAGUGUGCGUCGGGUGCAGUCAGAGUUGCAGCACUGCUGGGCCCUGCAGAUGCAGAGGAAACACCUCAAGUACAACCAGACCGACGCUGUUAAAUCGAGAUUACGUAACCACAUGGCUUUCCUGGUUGACAACCUGCAGUACUACAUGCAGGUGGAUGUCCUGGAGUCUCAGUUCUCUCAGCUGCUGCAGCAGAUCAACUCCACCAGAGACUUUGAGAGCAUCCGAUUGGCCCACGACCACUUCCUUAGCAACCUGCUUGCCCAGUCAUUCAUCCUGCUCAAACCGGUUUUCCACUGCUUGAAUGAGAUUCUGGAGCUGUGCCAUAACUUCUGCUCAUUGGUCAAUCAGAAUGUGGCUCCACUGGAUGACCGGGGGACAGCUCAGCUAGACCAUCUGGUCAAGGGCUUUAGUCGGCAGUCGUUCCUGCUCUUCAAGAUCCUGUCCAGUGUUAGAAACCACCAGAUCAACUCUGACCUGGCCCAGCUGCUUCUGAGGCUGGACUACAACAAGUACUACACCCAGUCUGGUGGCACCCUGGGCAGUUUUGGACUUUAAGAGAAUGAAGUACGGAGCACAAGCUACAGACCAAGCCUGGAGGCCCAGGCAUCCUGACACCACUGGCCCUCUUACCGAGUCAUUGUACAUGUGUAUUAUUUAUCUUCAUGCUAUGUUACGAACAUCCUUGAUAUUG